AUGCAUAAGCUCGGCAAGAAGACUCGCUCCAGGACCGGCUGUCGCACGUGUCGAAUCCGCAAGGUCAAGUGCGACGAGGAGAAAUUGGCUGUCCCCGGCCAGCCUGAACCGCAAUGCCGGCGUUGCACCGCCGCCCGCAUCCUGUGCGAGUGGAAGGGCGGCCCUAUCCCCCGGCCUGCUGCCAGGAAAAAUGCUCCCGCAUCCACGACCAAGGAAGUGAGCCCCUCCGCGACGACGACGACGGCGCCGUCGCCCCCCCAGUCUUCUAGGAUUCUCACCCUGUCCUCCCCCGGGGGCAAAAGCAGGACCGUGCAAGCGGCCAACUCGCUUGUGCUGACCGGCUUCGACCGCUCGUGCAUCGCCUACCUCCAAGAUUCCGUGCUGGUCGUGCUUCUUGGCAAACACUGGCCGUGGUCCGCCAUGUCGUACGCCUACCACAAGAUCGCGGUCCGGGAGCCCAUGGUAAUGAGCAUGCUGCUGGCGAGCACGGCGAGCGAGAUCCGUCGCGCCCAGCUCUACGACAGCGACCAGCCGCGGGACGCGGUCGAGACGGUGGCGGACCUGGGGGGCCGCGCGCAUUACGGACGGGCGCUGGCCGGUCUGCGGGAGGCAUUGCGGCCGGAGGUCGAGAAGUCGUCGGAGCAGUUGGAGGCCAUCUUCAUCACUUUGUGGCUGAUGAUCGACUACGAGAACCGCUUCGGGAGCGGCACCGCGGCCAUCAAUGUGCACAUCCGGGGAAUCGAGAGCUUGCUCUUCAACCAUGUCGUUCCGCUGCUGAAACCUACUUCAUCAGCACCCGCGCUUAUCGCGGAGAGUGGAAGUACAGGUGCCGGCGCCUUGCCCUGGGGAGAUGCGACGAACACCGCUGUAGAUAACACCCAGAAGACGACCAUGUUGCCGACGAAUGUUUUGCCUGGGCUGGCGACCAGCAAACUCCGCCACACCGCGGUGCCACUCUUCCUGCUGUGGACGCUGUACUUCUUCACCCCGGGGGCCCUCUUCUGUGGUCCUGCGGCCGCACGACUUGACGCCGACCUAUUCCGGUUCUUCAUCCAGGACGAGGCCGAGCAAGGCCUGAGCCUGGCGGAGCUCUACCGCAUCGGCCGCCAAUCGCCCCGCCGCUUCUGGGGCGACUCAUACCCGACGACGGCGCAGCUGGACGACAUCGAGAAUCAGCCCGCGUUGAUCCUCUACCACCGAAGCCAUGUCAUGCAGUUCAAGAUCACCGAACUCUGGCGCCAAGGCCAGCAGACUUCAGCGGUAUCGUAUCGUCGGCUCGUCGACGAACUCAGUCUGAUCCUGGAGGAAAACGACUCCCUCCUCACCACCGCCCUAACCGCGCCAACCUGCGACACCGCCAGCCGCCGCGUCCUGGAAACCAUCUUCUGGGCGACCAUCACCUUCUACGGCACGAUCGUGUACUUCCACCUCUGCUUCAAGGACACCACAGCAGUCAACCAGGUCCUCUCCCUCUCGCUUAAACUCCACCGCAGCCGGCCUCACCUGAUGGUCCGGAUCAUCUGGCCGCUGUUCAUCGCGGGGAUUGCGACCCCGGACCGCAUCUACCAGGAUUGGGUGUCGAUCCGGCUGCAGGAGCUGGGCCGGUACGGGCUGAACUACAGUCGCGUGAGUCGGCGGUUCGACGAGAUUGUGAUCCAGGGAUGUGAUCCGUUUCUAGAGGGGGAUUCGGACUUUGGGCCGGGGGUAGGAGGGCUGCCGAUGCGGAUUGGUUGA